AUGGCGCGGAAGAACUUGCUGCCGUUUCUGUGUUGCAGCCGCAUCUGGGACACCGCCUCGGGCCAGUGCCUGAAGACCCUGAUCGAUGACGACAACCCACCUGUGUCUUUUGUGAAGUUCUCUCCAAACGGCAAGUACAUCCUGGCUGCGACCCUGGACAACACGCUGAAGCUCUGGGACUACAGCAAAGGGAAGUGCCUGAAGACCUACACCGGCCACAAGAAUGAGAAAUACUGCAUUUUUGCAAAUUUCUCCGUCACUGGUGGGAAGUGGAUCGUGUCUGGUUCCGAGGACAACCUGGUGUACAUUUGGAACCUGCAGACCAAGGAGAUUGUACAGAAACUACAGGGCCACACAGACGUCGUCAUCUCCACGGCCUGCCACCCGACGGAGAACAUCAUCGCCUCGGCCGCGCUGGAGAACGACAAGACCAUUAAGCUCUGGAAGAGUGACUGCUAGGCGCCGCGGGGGCUGGCGGGAAGGCGGCCGGUCGGCGAGCAGCGCGGUGUCUGGAGGGGGCCCCUCCGUCCGGGCCUGGGGGGUCGGGAGGGGCCUGGAUGGAGCCACCGCUGAGGACGACGUGGCGGAGGGGGUGUCUACCACCGGAAGGUUCUACAGGUUGCUGGUGACAUUUCUUGCCGAUCCCUCUCACGCUGUCUGGGGAAGUUUCUGGUCUGUAUUGUGUUCAAACAGAGUCAACACAAAUUUUUAAUUUUUUAUUACAGAAGGGUGAAGUUCAAUUUAUCACGAGUUGUGUUUUUUUCCAGUAAAUGUUCUGUACCUUCUCUGGUAUCUUAUUGCCCAGUGCAAGUGCGGCGAGCAGCCGCCCCCGUGGCCCCCCCUUGUCUGUUCAGUAGAUGCUCUAGCCACUCGGUCCGCGGUCACCGGUUCCUGCUGUCGUCGUGCCCAGUGUGUGCGGUCUUUCCGGAAAACGCAGAACACUGUAAGAUUCUUUCCGUGUAAAACCCUUUGUGUGUGGGAGUUCGUGGUUCCCGUGCGGACAGCGUGGUGUUGUUCUGGUACCUCCCUGUGUCCCCCGCGUGCCCCCCGCGCGCCCCCGCGAGCUGUAAUAAAAGGUAGGAGUCUGCACAGCCGUGGCGACGGAGUUCUCACGCGAAGCCUGUCUGCGCUUGGCCUUUUCGCGGAAAGUCUCCCCGAUGGCAGGAAGUGGAGGGUUCCCGCGCCCUCCCCGCCCAGGAAGCCCGGCGCCACGGAGGAGGGCUCCCCUCCCCGUGUGGGCCGGGGAUGUGUGAGGGGGUCCGGGGGCAAACCCGGGAAUUCCGUGUAGCUGGAGGGGAGCUGGUGUCCCUGAAGUGUCCCGUCGAACGUCGCAGGCGGCCGUGUGCGCGAAGGCUGGGCCGUAGGAGGCCCCGAGGCCGUGGGUCCAGGCUCAGCUCAGGCUGGGCUUCGUCUCCCCGCUGCCGACCUCGGGACCGAGGGCUUCGUGGGGUUCCCGGGGCUGGCACGGCAGGGGGAGCCGGGUGCCACCCACCCCCGCGGCCCGAGUGCGGGGGCGGGAGCCUCCGGUGGCGCGGCUCCCUGAAGGGGUGUGGGGGGGAGAGCGGGGUGAGGAAGCGGUGCUGGGAUUGCCAGGCCCGGGGACCCCUGCGUGCAGCGGGCCCCCCACCCCCACCCCGCCCCGCCUUUCCUGGGGCCCCGGGUCCUGGGCUGGGGAAACAGGGCUGCUCUCGACAGGCUUCCCGGCCCCACCCCGGUGGCCGUGGUUGCUCAGCCGGGGGUGGCAAUUCUAGCAAAGGGCAUCUGGAGACGGACUCCCUUGUGUCUCCCCGUCCUCUCCCCGGAGGCGGACGGCGAGCGGGCUGUCUGUGCAGAGGUGAACUGCAGUAGAAUGCGGUCAGCGCCCGGGGCCGGGGAAACCCACUUGGCAGCGUAUUUUGGUAGGAAAGGCGGAGGCCGCGUGUGCCGGCAACGUUCCUGAGACCUUGGGACUGUCUCGUUGGUUCUGGUGUGACAGCUCAGCUCGGCCCUCGGAGCAGAGGGGUGUGGACGUGGAGCGCUGUGCCCUUGGAUAUAGUUUAUUUUUUCUACGUUUGAAUUCUCUGUUGUAGAUUUGUGUAAAGAUACAUCUCUCUUUUAAAAAUAAAGAUUUUCAUGUCUUGUAA